UAUUACGAAAAGCUUACGAAGAGAAACGAAACUUUCCGAAUGUUAAACUGAUAACUUAGACGUUAGUUACCACGCAAAUACGAAGAGUGUGCUACUGCUGUGAGGAGUGUCUUAAGGUCUUCCAGUGAUGGGUGAUAAUGACGUUAUUGGACUUGACGACCAUCUUGAAAUAAGUUUGGAAGGUAUCAGACAAGUUCUUACAAGGGAAAUACCGCCUUACAUUCUAUCCCGACGACAAACAUUCCAGUUAGGACCAUCUGAUACAGACUUCGUAUGUUACAAAGUGUUGAAUUGCCACUUCACGUCAUUGUUGUCUUCGAAAUCUGUAGGUAAUAUGACGUUCGAUACAUAUCGUGCUGAAAUAGAGAUGGAGGAAAGUAGAAGUAUUAAAUUAGAUGGUGAGGAAAGUCGUGAGGUUGUGAUAAAAGAGACCUUAAUAGUGAAGACGAUUAAGGGUAAUUCAGGUUCUCGAGAUAUGUAUGACUCGAAACGCCUGUUUUAUGUGGAAAGUAAGAUGUUCAGUGAUAUUAUACCGUUAUUACUUUCGUCACCAUUUACAGCUGCUUAUUACAACCGGGAAUCUUCAAGCAACCUUUGCAAAUCGCACUUUUUAUUUCCCAAAUGCUACUAUUCAUGUAGAAAAUUUAAGGACUCCCUGAUUGUACUUGAAGAUAUUCAGCAGAGUGGAUACAAACUUGUAAGAAAUAACUCACAGUUUAUGGACUUUAACCACAUAGUUCUUGCCUUGGAAGGUCUGGCAAGGUUUCACGCUUUAUCGUAUGCAAUGAAGAAGAAGGACCCUCAGAGUUUCUACAGCCGUGUGGUACAGGAAGUCGUACCAGGAAAGAAAUACCGUGCAGAAGACAAAGCCAGAGAAAAAUUGUAUGCUUAUGCUUACUUGAAGACUCUGCAGUUUGCAGCCCUCCAGCCGCUAGAAAUGUUUGCAGUAAAGUACCGUAACACAGAUGACAAGUAUGAUUCGGGAGCAGAGCGUUUAAAAACUUUGUUGCAAGAUACUGUGGGUGUCAUUCGCGAACUGCUCAUUCCAAAAGAACCACUUGCAGUACUAUGUCACGGAAAUUUUAACAUAAAUAACAUUCUUUUCCGGUACGAUACAGACGAGAAACCUACCGAAGUGAAAUUCACGGACUUCCAAAACGCCCACUAUGCUUCUCCAGCAAUAGACUUGUCUUUGUUCCUGUUUCUGAAUGCUAGUCCCGAGCUCAGGGCUGAACGUCGGGUGCAGUUGUUCUCUUCCUAUCAUCUGACUCUCCUGAAGGCGAUGUCUGAAUUUAUGGACUGUGCAGAGGAGGAGCUGUUACCUGAGUAUAGUAUAGAAGCUUUCAAGGAAGAAUUUUCCAGACAUGCAGUUUAUGGCUACAUUCUAACAGCUGGUUUUGUGGCUUCGGCACCAUCAAAGCGAAUUCAUAUUCACAAGAUAUUUGAAAUGUUUAACGAUGGUUUGCCUUUGAGAGAAAAUAUCGACAAGUCUAUUAGAGAAAAUUUAAAAUUGGAAGGGGAAGAAGUAACUUACAGAUUGGUUUUAUUGAUAAAAGAAAUGGUGGAUGAAGGAUACUUGUAGCCGCCACUCCGAUUAGUUUCCAUGACUUUUUGGUAUUUUCUUUAAGUACUAUGAAACGUUACAGAAAAUUGACUGUUUUGUGUUCUUAGAACUUGAAAAAUAACCAUGAAAUCACAAAUAUUGUUCAUUUAACUAGUGUGCACACAUAUUAAUAAAUUACAAGUAACUUUGUGUACUCUGAAACUUUAAGUCAUCUGUAUGUUGUUUUAAAGCAGUGCCAAAUAAUGUUGCUGUAAAAAUGUAGAAAUAAAUUUGGAAUUUAACUAAUUCCUAUAAGAAGGAAAAUGAUCACUAUUUGUUCUGAGAAUCUUACGAAACACAAGGGCAAAAUAUGCAGUUAUUAAUUCUUAACGCAGGUGGUAUAUAAUUGUAAGAUUGUUUUGUGAAGUUCAGCUACAUCUUUCAGUGUUACUAAUUGCUGGCUACGCCCGCAUGCAAUGAAAAUAUUAACAGCUUAAUCCUUGCCCUUUCUUGAAGAAAAAGUUAACUGUCGGUCUUAGGGGUCACAGUGCUUUCUAGGGUCAUGACCGGUUUUUGUAAAAGGAACCAUUGUCACAGAAAAUCACGAUUUUCAUUUCUGUGGAGUUCUACACGUAUAGUAUCACGAAGGGACGUAUCGGUCCAAUUACAGAUUUCGUUAUAAAACUCUUGGAGCUUUGGAGGCGGGGUUAAAUUUAAUAUUGUAUGAUUCACUAAGCUUCCGGAGAGUUAGUUUAGGGGCUUCUAGGCCGCCAGCCUUUGAAUUUAUAACAUUGAAGCAGGCAGAUGUGCUUCAAUGCUUGAACCAGUUCGUCCGACAUCCUUUGAUUAUUUUUACUUUGUGGCCAUCUCCUAUUUCCUCUGCAAAAGUCUCGAAGCAGCACGAAAUACACAUGUGAACCCGGAGAUUUAGACUUUGAAGUGGGGAUCUCAUGUCUCUUGUUCACCCUAGAACCAG